CAGAUGAGAGAAAACAAGAAACCAAUCAAGAAGCACUUCUUAAUAAUCCUGAGAUUGGAGAUUAUAGAGCUAAAUGUAUUAAAGCUCAAGUGAUUGAUCUUAAUUGUUAUAAUGUUAUUUUGGAAAAACAAUGGUUUUUUAAUACUAACCCUAAUAUAGAUUGGAGAAACAAUAUUUUAACUUUUUCUUUUGGAAGAAAUCGAAUAACUGUACAAGCUGAUGAAAGAAAAAUGAGGGAACUUGAAUGUAAUUUUUAUUUAUUAUAA